CGCGCAAUUUAGUAGCUUGCGUUCUACCCCUGUGGUUUGAUGCAAAAUGUUGCGGGACGUGGUGAUUACGAAGCUCUUCUUACCAGAGAGACGAGGGAACCUCUUAUUGACAAACAUAAAACAGGAGCCAACUUCGGAAGGCUCCCCCUCGCAAAGCUUAUCCGUUCCAGUUACAGAAAUUUCUGAGCCUACUCAAUCUAAUAGUCAAACUCGACUUACAAGAUCGCAAAGCGUCACCUGUCCACCACCUUACUUUACUUCAUCUGAACAUAUAACCCUCCCAGGGAAUACUUUCUACACUUGGUCAAGAGUCUCUCAGCAACCGAUUUCUAGGACGCUUAGUGGGCAUGUGAACGAGUCCAAUGGACUUGUUACAGGAAGUUCUCUACCUGCUGUAACCAGUGUCAAUGAUUCCACUCCCCUCAUCGUACCCAGUACAAUUCCUCCACGUACACCCCAUGAUGAUCAGUGUUCAUCAAGUAACAUGAUUCAUAAUACAGCUUCCGCAGACGCACGCCUACAUAUGGUGACAGGUGGUGAGUGUGUUAAUUCGUUACCAUUUCGUAAUGACACACUCUCUGGUUCUUCUAUAUCUGGUGUCACUCUUCCUCUAACAACGCAAUCUUCUGGACCUAGCACUUAUGAUGCAUUUAAUCAUCGCCCAGUUCAUUCAUCUGUUCCUCGUCCCACACCACUAUCAAAACGAUGCACCCAACCAGCAACCAGUGUAUCACUGAAUUCACAGCCACCAAUGGUAAACACUUGUUCCCAACAUUUAGGAAGUAAUACGCGAAAUCCAGUCGUAUCUAUAGGCGAUCCAAACAGAUUGGCAACCUCUUCAGCUGCCAAUAGGAUUGAUGAAGAAAUUAUGAAUCCUGCUUCCACGGAUGAUAAUCUCCUAUGGGGUCGUAUCGCUCGAAACUCAUCAGGAGAUUUAAGAUUUCCCGGCAUCAAUCGCACUUUUAAAAGUGCUUAUUCAGUCUUGAGGCAAAUUUAUCAAUCGGCUAUGGCUCAAGACAGUUUGACUUUACAGUUACCGGCAUCCGCGAUUCAAUGUGAAAAUGAGGCAAAUAUUCGUUCAGAAAACUCACUACCAAAUUCGCUACUUAAUUCAACUUCAAGAAAAGGUUUUUAUAUUUGCCUGUGUUGCCGAUCAACAUUUACAAGCAGUGCUUUGUAUGAAGACCACCUGGAUCGUACCGUUGCUCGAAUAUUGUAUCGUUGUCAUCUCUGUCGUGCUUCUUGGAUAACAACUUCACGUGAGGCGGUCAGUAUCGCUGAUGUAAAUACAAGUCAUCAUCAUCGUCCGGAGGACAACAGUAGAAAUUCUUCUGAAUCAACUAGCAGUUCUGUUGUCGCUGCUGGUAGUUCGCAUGAAGUCACGCUUGCCAUGAUCCCGACUACUACUACUAACAACAACAACAACAGUAAUAAUCAUGAAAGCGAAAUCUCUUCACGAUUUUAUUCUGUUCUACCGGGUGGAAUUAUCAGCGCUAAUAAUAAAUGCGCCAUAUUUACUCAUUUGACAUCUGUACACCCGGAUAAAAGAAGCGAUUGGAUUCUAAGACCAUCGCUUCUUACAAUUUGUCCGUUGGUUACGCCAGCCACAUAUUUAAAUUUAGCAGCACUGACCGCCUCCACUACUACUUCUACUACUACUGAUACACAACCUUCUGAUGCAGGGAGUGAGUUGACUCAUUUGUUGUUUGUUUUCCCUUUAUGUGUGCUGUAA